AGCGCCACUCAUUGGCACACAUUUGCAUGACUUGUGAAACGAUAACAACAAUCAAAACAAUACUAAAACUGAUUGUAAGAGUGUUUCAAUGAGUCAUUCAUUCACUCAUUACUAGUGAUUAUCAGUCACUUGAGUGUCAUAACAAUUGUCUCCUAAUCUGAUCCACAAACACAUCAAAUAUAAGACUUGUGUCCAAAAUGUCGACCAUCUCUUCGGAUCAAUGGCUCAGAGAUCACGACUCUAUCGACGAAAUGGCAAAUGAGUUGAUGUCUAAAAUCAAUCAAAGAAAUCAGCUCAGAGAUCACGACUCUAUCGACGAAAUGGCAAAUGAGUUGAUGUCUAAAAUCAAUCAAAGAAAUCAGUUCCCGAAGAACUCCAUCGCCUUCUCACGAAGUGAUAUUCAGACACAACAACUGCUGAAGAGUUUUACCGAAAGGCUAUCACAACUACAGCAACAACUGAACCAAACCUCCAAAUCUAAUCAAUUAACUCAACGCGAGUCCGAAAGACGGCAACGACUCGUAGAUAAUCUGAACUAUAGGUACAAACAGAUGGAAAUAUCCAUACAAAACCCGGACUCCGACCGCAGAAGUGCUCUUCUGGGAAAUCCGGGCCACUCUUUGUACGGAACAAAUGGCACUCAAGACUAUGACGUCGAGAGGGCGGAGACGACGGCCAACAGGAAUCUGGACGUCGAAGAGAUGCGACAACAGAAACAACUCCUCAUUCGAGAACAAGACAAAGGAUUGGAGUCAUUAGCUGAGAUAAUUAGUCGCCAGAAGAAUAUGGCUCAAGGAAUGAGCUCUGAAAUCGAUUUACAAAAUGAAAUAAUUGAUGACAUCGGAGACUUCUGA